AUUUGCUCUUGAAAUACGUAAGUACUUCAAUAGUGAGCUUGCUAAAAUCGUAUCAGCUCUUCAUUAUCUAACGAUUCCGUUUUAGUACCGUUCAAAACCGCAGAUUGUAGUCAAAAUGACUGGUACUACAGGAAAGGUGAUUUCUUGUAAGGCAGCCGUCGCCUGGGAACCAAAGAAACCUUUAUCUGUUGAGACGAUUGAGGUUUCACCUCCGAAAGCUGGUGAGGUACGGAUAAAAAUCUCCGCUUCAGGAGUAUGCCACACAGACGCAUAUACCUUGGAUGGACAUGAUUCAGAAGGCGUUUUCCCGGUUAUUCUGGGACAUGAGGGUGCUGGCAUAGUGGAAAGUGUUGGCGAAGGAGUAACAAAGUUUAAACCAGGAGAUCAUGUUAUUCCAUUAUACAUUCCACAGUGCUUUGAAUGUAAAUUCUGUAAAAGCCCGAAAACGAAUUUAUGUCCGAAAAUAAGAGCUAGUCAAGGGAAAGGAUUGCUUCCAGAUGGAACUUCACGUUUCACUUGCAAUGGUAAGCAAGUCUUUCAUUUCAUGGGAACCUCUACGUUCUCCGAAUACACCGUUGUCGCCGAAAUUUCUUUGUGUAAAAUCGAUGAUACUGCUCCGCUUGAAAAAGUAUGUCUAUUAGGAUGUGGCAUUCCAACUGGUUAUGGCGCUGCAUUGAACACUGCUAAGGUUGAAAAAGGUAGUAGUUGUGCUAUUUGGGGCUUGGGAGCCGUUGGUUUAGCUGUCGCGAUGGGUUGCAAAGCUGCAGGAGCAACUAGGAUCAUUGGGGUUGAUAUUAAUCCAGAUAAGUUUAAACUAGCGGAAAAGUUUGGAUGCAACGAAUUUGUCAACCCAAAGGAUUAUGAAAAGCCCAUUCAGCAGGUUUUGAUUGAAAAAACAGAUGGUGGAUUAGACUAUACAUUCGAGUGCGUAGGAAAUGUUAUGACAAUGCGUGCUGCUCUGGAAUCAUGUUGUCGUGGAUGGGGAGUAUCGACUAUAAUUGGGGUCGCAGAGUCAGGACGAGAAAUUUCAACACGCCCAUUUCAACUAGUGACCGGUAGAACUUGGAAAGGCACAGCAUUUGGAGGCUGGAAAAGCGUUGAAAGCGUACCUAAACUGGUCACACAAUAUCUAAACAAACAGCUGAUGGUGGAUGAGUUUAUCACUCAUUCAAUGUCGAUUGAUAAAAUCAACGAUGCAUUUACAUUAAUGCAUGAAGGAAAAAGUCUCAGAUCUAUCGUUAAGUUUUAAAAUAACAGAAAAUAAAUUCAUAACUUUCGAUCCGUA